GGUUUAUGUUGCUAUCGAAAUGCGAGUGUUUGUGUUAUCAAGGCAGGCGCCAGCUUAUCUGUCAGCCGCUUCAUACGCUUUCGGUCAAAAUGAUUUGACCGAUAGCAUAGCAAAGUGGAUGAAGCGGAUAAUUCCCGUGCCUGGCUGAAGCAGAAUUCUGCGCAAAUGUCCGCAACGCAUGAACGCUAUGUCUACCAUCAAGCCUACUAGAAUAUAUCUGUCCGUUUUUUGUGCUCGAAAAGAAUAGCUGUUACUAUAAGUUCAGGUCAAUUUCUGAUAUGUCAGAUUCUGACACAGGCAGUGAUAAUAGCGACCAUAGCGAUCAUAAGGGUGUUGAAAACAACGAAGGCCAUAAUUCGGAUUCCACUCCAUCCCAUAGAUCCGAUACUCCUUCACAUCGGUCAAACACGCCAUCACACCGAUCUAAUCAGGAUGAAAAUUCACAAGAUCUGCCCAGUGAAAAAGGCUCCAAUAAGAGCGACUCCGAACGAUCAUCAGCAACACCUCCCAAUAGGAAUAGGAAAAGCCUAGUCAACGAUAGUUCUGAAGACGAGGGGAUUAGGAGCGAGGCCGAAGGGGCGACUGCGGCACGAAUUUUUGGAGAUGAUGUAUCGUCAUCAGAUUCUGACGAUGAACGAGGAGAUGCAAUCAAGAAGAGGAAGCAGGAUAAUGACACUGAUGGGAAUCAAUCCGAUGCAAGCAGAAAAAGUGAAGAAAGCAUACAUGGCAUUCGAAUGUAUCCCGAUCAAGAGGAGGAGCAAGAGAAGGAACUUCCACCGACGAUCAUCGAGGCCUCUAUGAGCAAAGUUGACUGUGAUUUUGGAGAUGGCAUUCAGUUCAUGAAGAUCCCCAACUUUUUCUCCAUAGCUUUGAAGCCGUUUGACCCAGAAACGUACGAAGAAGAUGAAGACGAUGAUCAAGUUGACGAAGAAGGUCGCAACCGUUUGAAAUUGAAGGCUGAAAACACAAUCAGAUGGCGGUUUGCUCACGAUGCAGAUGGAAAUAUUGUGAAAGAAAGCAACGCUAAAAUCAUUCGAUGGAGUGAUGGAAGUAUGUCAAUGGUUAUCGGUAAAGAACGAUUUGACGUAGAAUCUGUGCCUAUUACCGGAAAUAUGCAACAUCUGUUUAUCCGACAGGGAACCGGUCUCGUUGCACAGAAAAUAUUUGAUAGAAAACUGAUAUUCCGUCCUCAUUCUACAGACAGCGAAACGCACAAGAAGGUCACCAUGAGCAUGGCCGAGCGUACGCGUAAAAGUGCUCAAGUUCGGAUGGUUGCAGAAGUCGGUGCAAACCCCGAGCAAGCACGAAGGGAGGCAGUACGGCGAGAAGAAGAGGCAUUUAGAGCUGCACUGCGAAAGGAAACUCAACAACGGCGUACAAAAGACAGACAUCGUCCCAAUGCUGCUUAUCUUGAAGGACGACCUGACUAUUCUGAUGAUGAAGAACACACUCCACGACCUCGUGGCAGAGGUUUCGAUGCUCCUCUCAUCGGUGCAAGUGAUUCGGAAGAUAGUGAUAUUGGCCAUCGUGGUAACGAAAGAGAUGCUGAAGAUUCCGAUGAGGAGUUCCGAAGAAAGAAGCAACAACAAAAGAAGAAGAUUGUGACAAGUGACGAAGAAAGUGACUAAUUCAAAACUACUGCUUUUCACUGAUCCACAUCCUUUUUAUUGACGAUAAUCUCUGUUCUACGAGUUAACACAAGUUGUACACACUGUUGAUUUUCG